UUGUUUUGUAACGUUCAGUGAAACACUAUAAAAACCUACAGUAUUCAUGUAACCGAUAUUACUUUUCUGAUUUCUGAAGUUAUUUCAAUAAAAUUUAAUUUAAUCAACUGAUAUCAACUUUUUCAACAAAAAAUGAAGUGUUUAUGUAUUGUUCUACUAUUUAUUCAUUUAAAAAGUGUUAUGUUAGACAGUAAUAAUCAAGACGAUGAAAAUAAUAUUCAACCACUAAGUUCUGCUGUGUUAUACAAGGCUGUUAAUUAUUUAUCCAAGCAAACUUAUGAAAAAGAAGUGAAAGUCAACUUUUUAUCUAUACCAUAUAACGUGUAUUACACACACAUAUACAUGGCAUUUCAGUCAGCUGACCGUCAGUUAUCAACUGUUAGUCUAAAUGGAUCCACUUUUGAUAGUGAAGUGAACGGUGUAAAUCUAGUGUUACCUCUAAACAAACUGGAUGAUAUGUAUGCACCUUAUCCAAUUUCAAGUGUAUUAGACUUUGUACGGGGCUGUUAUCAAUGGGUAGCAGAUAAACACUGGAAUAAUAGUUAUAUAUCAAUUAUGAGAUAUAGUCAUAGUGAAAAUAUUAAUUUUGAAUUGAUCGAAUCUACAAGCAAGCAAUUUUUUAAUCAUGCCAAGCCUGGUUCUUAUCACUUUAUUUGGGAGAGACAAUCAAAAUCCGUGAGUAUUAGAAAUGCAGUAAAAUGCAAUUUUCAUUAA